AUGGGCGACUACUUCGUGCAGCAGCGACGACCCAACAGCGCUGUCAACUCAGACCGGCUCAAUGUGCCUCCACCAUCCCCGGGUGGAAGAUCCAUGCGUACAGCCUCAUCACGUGACAGCCUACGACCUCCCUCCAGUAUCAGGAUCCGCAGACUUCCUUCGCAUCUUUCACAGCAACAACCGCGACCAGGGUCACAGGCCAGCGACGAGGGCGUAGAUGUCGCGGACCAGGCAUUCGCUGGAGGCCGCCGACGAAGUUCUUCCGCACCCCAGCGCUAUCAGCAGCAUCUCCAGCCGCCAUCGAAUGAGCUUGCGCGGCAGCGGACUGCAGAUCUUCCACCACAUAUGCGGACCAUCAACGAAGGCUCGGCUUUGCCACAAGAGACACCUUAUCAUGAGGCUGUCGAGACGCCAGGCGCAUUUACGCCCUUCGGUCUGAACACGCCAAUGGAGCAACCCCCAACUCCAGGCGCUACCACUGCUAUGCAUAGUGCUGGCAAUGCAGCGCAGCGCAACAGAGGACUCCGACGCUUCCGAAGUGGUACAGUGGGUAAUCGUUCUGACGACCAUAAUGCGCCGGAUGUCUACGAUUCAGAUGUUGUGGACUUUUUGGAUCUCAUCGACCCAGAAGUACGCGCCAUUGGCACACUUACUAACAUUCAGAAUUCGUUAUUCGUACCAGACCUUGGCGGUCUGAUCAACAGAAGGCCAACUUACACUCUAACGCCACGAAAAACCGAUCUCGAGGGAGGUAGACCACGCUCGCGUGCAGGUACUAGAGCCACAGCACGACCACCCAAUGCACGACUGCCGACGAUUGGGCAGGAAGACAGCCAGGCUGGAAUCGAAUUGAGCUCGCCGAAGAGAGAGCGCAAGACGUCCAUCUCUUCUCAGCUCUCCGACUCUCACUAUGCUGUUUUACCCCACGGUGUCGAUCUGGAAGGCUGGACGCAGGAGGAUGUGGACGAGCUGAAUGAUCACGUACGCCACCUGAUGCACUCUCGGCGUGAAGGCUUCAAGCGUAGCAUGAGAGGCUUCCGCCAGUAUGUUAGCCGACCUUUGGGAUUGUUCGUCACCACCUACGCCACCCUCGUCACACUUUUUGGUGCUGCCUGGGUCUUCUGCUUGAUCGGCUGGAUCUACGUUGGCUCGAAGCAGGACUACUUCAUCAACAUCAUCGACAACGUCUUGGUCGCCUUCUUCGCCUUGAUGGGAGACGGUCUGGCACCGUUCCGAGCAGUGGAUACAUACCACAUGUGCUUCAUCGCACACUACCACCAUCUAACCUGGCGGCUGCGGAAGGAGAAGAAUCUGCCAUCACUGGUAGAUCACAACGACCUUCCGGAUCGCCGUGUCAACGGCAACGCAGAGGACAUCAUCGAUAAAGAAGAGACGGCCGAGUUCUCCGUCCUAUCGCCACGCCAGCAGAGACGCUUGGCAUACCACCAGGCCAAAUUCAGCAAAGCCCACACUUUCUACAAGCCUCACGAGACUGCCACCCAUCAUGCUUUCCCCCUCCGCCUCCUCAUCACCGUCGUCGUCCUCCUAGACUGCCACAGCCUGUUCCAAAUCGCCCUCGGAUCCUGCACCUGGUCCAUCGACUACCACGUCCGGUCCGAAGCCCUGACCUCCUCCAUCCUCGCCUGCUCCCUGACUUCCAACAUCGUAGCCGGCAUCAUAAUCUCCAUCGGCGACCACCGGACCCGCAAGAAGGAUGUUCUGGAACGCAUUAAACGACAAGAGCUGACCGAAGAAGCCAUCGGCCACGUCCAACAGAAACGCAAUACUUUCGAGGCGGGCCGUAGUAUGGAUGUUGAUCGUGCGACGGGACAAGCGAGUGGUGUGGAUGCUGGUCCAGGUAGUAAGACUACUACUGACAGUACUGCUAAUAGCCAGCCGCCUGCGAAAGGGGCGGAGUUUGCCAAGUAUGAUUGGCACAAGGAUAAUGGGGAUACUGCUGUGCGGAGCUUUGCAUAA